AGCCGGAAGUGCGUGUCAUAGCCUCGUCUCAUAUCCGGUUUUCAUCUCUGGAUCUUGAAUUUUACUCUUGCUUGUAUGAACUCGCUGCCUAACGAUGCUUGUUUCUGGAGUCAGUUUUUCUCGGGGGAUUUGACCGCAGCCUGGCGUUCAGAAAAGUUAGAGUUGAUGAGCGUUUCCAUUCCAAAAAGUAAUCUGAUUACUCCUGGCUGAGCUCUGCUUGCUUUGCUGUUGCUGAACCUUCAUCCUCUGCCUCCGAAAUGAUGGACUUUGACAACAUCCUGAACAUCGCGUCUCAGAACCAGGGACUCAGCAGUGUUCAGAGAAGAUACAGUUUGGAAACGGGACCCCCCAAGAAGGACCCCAAGUCCAAAGGUGUGAAUCCGGCUGCGGUUCAGGCGCUGCUGAAGAAACGGACCAAAGAGAGCAAACUGAAAGAAAUGGAGAUGAAAAAGCAGAAGCAGGAUCUUCUGGCCAAGAGGGUGGAGUUGAAGUCGGAUCGGAAAGCUCGAGCCAUGGCCUCCAGGACGAAGGACAACUUCAAAGGUUACAACGGCAUUCCCAUGGUGGACGGUCCCAAAAAGAGGACGUCUAAAGCCGAGAGGCAGGACGACGAUCUCCAACAGGUGCCGGGGUUUCAGAAUAACUCUGCUGACCCCGAUGACGAGGAUAAUUAUGAGUACGAGCAAACCGAUUCAGAGGAGGAGCCGGAGCCGCCGAGACCAGGGAGGCCUGCAGAGGUUCUCGGGAGCAGCAGAAAGUUCCCUGCAAAGCCCAGUGGACCUUCCAGACCUUCUGCUCCCCCCGUCAUGAACUUUGCCGACUUGCUGAAGCUGGCAGAGAAGAAACAGUUUGAACCCGUUGAAGUGAAACCCAAAGCAGUGAAGAAAGACGAGCGUCUCCACACGGCCAGCGAGAUCCGGGAGAUGGAGAUGGAACGCAAAGCCAAGGGACUGGACAAAGCCAAAGACGUGAAGUCAGAACGGGACGUCCGGUCCCAGUCCAGUUCCGGUUUGGUGAGGAAAAACCCUUCAGAUAAGGAGCAGAAGGUCAGCAGACCCCACAAGAGCUCUGAAGAGAAACGGGGACCCCCCAUCAGAGCAGGUCGGAAGGAGCUCGCGUCGUCUUCAACCACCAGAAGCUUUUCUUCCCCCUCCCUUCAUGAAAGAGACCCAGUCAAGGCGUCUCGCAUCAACGAACACAGAGCAAAGCCAGGCUUGACCUCAGCUGCUGCAAGUAAAGGUCCUGCAAGAACGCCAUCGUCUCAGGUCUCUAAACCCCCAGAACCCAAACCCCCAUCCAGUCAGAAAUCCGGCUCCUCCAGCGACCUCGGCUUCAGGAAGGGGAACCCAUCCCUGCUUCAGAAAGGAGGAAGCCGACCGUCUAGUGCAGCUGGUGUAGGUCCAAAGCCUCAGCCCGGGAGCUCCCAGCAGAUCAGAACCUCUCAGGGUGGACCCGCUAAGCCGGGACCAGCAGGCCGACCCAUAAAAUCUGCUAAAGAAAGAGAACUCCCAAACCCUGGAAUUUCUCCUGGAGUCAGAUCAAGCAGCAACUCAACGAUGAGACUUCCUGCAGGCGUUCCUCCUCGGACAGGGGGCCAGCCUCAGGGGAGGCCUGGAACAGUCCCACAGCUGAGACCAGGAGGUGGCCACCCUGGAGCCGCUGGGUCUCGGCCCGGUAGACCUGGAGGGCAGGUUCCAGGGCGACCAGAUGCCGGCUCAGGGCCUGCAAGACCCAGAUGCACCGUAGUGUCGGAAACCAUCUCCUCUAAGAACUUUGGUGGACCCAGAGUGGGAGCCCUGGCCCAGUCCGGUGUGCCGAACAGGCCGGGGAUGGGACCUCGACCGGGGAUGGGACCUCGACCGGGGAUGGGACCUCGACCGGGGAUGAUGCCGAGACCAGGAAUGCCACCCAGACCACCUGGACCGAUGCUGCCGCCCAUCACAUCUGCUUACAAGAGGAAAUAUGAGGAGGAGGAGGAGGAAUACGACUCUGAGAUGGACGAUUUCAUUGAUGACGGCGGCGAGGAACAGGAGGAGAUCUCCAGACAUAUCAAGGAGAUCUUUGGAUACGAUAGAACCAGAUACAAAGACGAGAGCGAUUACGCCCUGAAGUUCAUGGAGAGCAGCUGGAAAGACAUGCAGAAGGAAGAAGCACGAAGCCUCAGAAUGGCCGUUCAGGAGGACCUGGAGGAGGAGAAGAAGGAAGAAGAGGAGAUGAAGAAGAAAGCCAAGAGGAAAAAGCCCAGCUGAAGCUGAUCCUGUCGCAGGAUGAAGAUGAAGAGAAGGGAAGGAGGACCGCCGCCCACACCAGGACCAGGCUCCGCCCCCGCCGGCCUCCCUGAGGAUUUGACCCGGAAGACAGAGACUGAAUUCAAAUGAAAGAUAUGGAUGCAGAAGACACUAGUAUAUAUGACAGAAGCUCUUAGAUAGUAUUUAUUUUCUCCUAGAGUCUAACCUUCAGCCCGACCCGAACAUCCACAGAUCUUUGGUUCCGACACGCAGCAGAAAUCUGCUCAGUUCUGGGUUUUCUCCUUUUCUAUCACAAACCACAUUUUUCUCCAAACUGAGGAAAAACAUUUGAAAAGUUGAAAUGACUUUGACGGAGAACUUCAUUAAAGUGUCUGCGUUUGGA